UAGCAUCCAGCCGUUGUUUCAUUACGUUCCACUGGCGACGAGUUUGUGUAUUUUAUAUAAUUUACCACGCGUUUUAAAGUGAAUAUUGUAAAAAUACAAUGCCUAUAGGUAAAUUAGAACCAUUUGACUUAAGUUCCAAGCAGUGGCCCGCGUAUAUAAGGCGAGUUAAGCAGUAUAUUCUUUUAAAUGAAGUGAAAGAUGAAUUACAAGUGCCUUUAUUAAUUACUAUCGUGGGUGAAGCGACGUACACUUUGAUGUGCGAUUUAUGUUCGCCGGCGCAUCCUGAAUCGAAAGGUUUCGACGAAUUAGUGAAAUUGGUUUCGGAACACUUAGAGCCAAAACGUUCCGAAAUAGCCGAGCGCCAUGUUUUUCGUUUACGUCGUCAACGUCCAGGCGAGUCCCUCACGGAAUACCUACACAACUUAAAACAUCUGGCAACAACCUGCAAUUUUGGAACGAUGUUAGAGGAAAAUUUAAGAGAUCAGUUCGUAUCAGGAUUGGCAAACGAACUGAUGCGGUCUAGAAUAUUCGCCGAAAAAGACAUCAAAUACAAGGAGGCUGUGGAGCUAGCUCUUGCGUUGGAGGCUGCAGAAAAGCAUGCGGAGGUGAGCGGGUCUACGAUGACUUCGACAUCGACCUCGAGUGCUCGCGCACCGUUAUCCGGACGGCAACAGUUUAUAUUGCGCACGGACCACCAGCCCUUAAGCUUCAUUUUUGGAAAGAAAUGUGGAAUCCCCCAGACGGCCGCCAGCCGUUUACAGCGGUGGGCUGCGCGCUUGUCGGCGUAUGACUUCACGGUGGAGUUCGUGCGUUCCUCGGACAACGGGCCGGCCGAUGCUUUGUCCCGCCUGCCAUUGCCGUGCCGACGGGCGACCCCUUCGGAGUGCGUAAGCUAUGUUCAACUUAUCGAAGAGAACUUGCCGAUAAGUUUUAAAGAUGUUAGUAAGGAGACAAAGAAAGACCCCUUAUUAAGUAAAAUAGUCGGCUUUGUGAUGUUUGGUUGGCCGUCGUCAGUAGCGGGCGGCGAGGAGGAAAAGGCUUAUUUUGCGAGGCGAAAUGAGAUAGUUUUAGAACUGGGUUGUUUAAUUUAUAAAUAUCGAAUUAUAGUUCCGCCAUCAUUGCGUAAAGGCGUUUUAAAGGAAAUACAUGAAGGCCAUCUGGGCAUUAAUAAAAUGAAAAAUGUGUCACGUAGCUAUGUCUAUUGGCCAAGUUUAGAUCGCGAUAUCGAGGACUUGUGUCGAAAAUGUGAAGCGUGUCGGAUAGUCCGCGACUCCCCACCCCGCGCCAUACUUCACCCCUGGGAGUACCCACUUUGCCCGUGGCAACGCGUGCACGCCGAUUUUGCGGAAUGUGCAGGUAAGAAAUAUUUGAUCGUCUUAGAUGCUCAUUCAAAGUGGGUAGAAGUGAUCAGUAUGACACGUACGGAUGCGGAGUCGACGAUUUUGGCCUUUCAGACAUUAUUUGCUAGAUUUGGUCAGCCUGCCCAGCUCGUAACUGACAACGGCCCGCCUUUCAGCGCCUUAGAUUUUAAGAAUUUCUGCGCUAAUAACGGUAUUAAGAGUGUAACGACGGCACCGUAUCGACCGCAGGGUAACGGUGCGGCUGAAAAUAUGGUGAAAACCGUUAAAAAAGUAAUCAAACGCGCUUUAUUUGUCAAAGAAAAUGUGUCAGCUGCCCUAAAUAAAUUUUUAUUUCAAUAUAGAAACUGUGAACACGCCACGACCGGUGUGUCCCCUGCAGUACUGAUGCUAGGCCGGCGAUUGCGGGGGCGACUGGACGCAUUGCGUCCCGACGUAUCUUUGGUCGUGCGCUCGGCACAAGAGCGCCAGAUUAAUCAAAAAGGGGGAAUGCCGAGACAAGUGGGUAUAGGAGAUACAGUUAUGGCGCGAGAUUACUCCUCUAAAGGGAAUAAAUGGACAGAAGGAGUAGUAGUAAGUCAGACGGGACCGGUGUCUUAUAAAGUGGAUAUGGGAAAGGGGGUAGAGUGGCGUAGGCAUCGAGAUCAGGUAAUUAAAGUAAAUAAAAAAAAUCGUUAUUCUCUCGCGCGAACUAGCACCCUCGGGCAGGAAGCGGAGCAAACGGGAGAGAAUGAUGAUGAAAGGGUAGCGGUGGAUAGCGAUGCCGACGUUACAUUCGAAGACGCGGUCGGGUCGCCUGGGGGCGAGGGUGCAACGCAGGCGCCGGAAGAUGUGCACUCUCCAACACCGCCGCCCCCAGGCGCGUCCGCUAGAGCUCUGCGAGCAUAUCAUCGUAAGAAGAAGGUCUAG